CAGCCCUCCUCUCCUCUCCAUCUCUCAUUCCUCCUGAGAUGUUGUUUUGUGUUAGAGCUGAAACUGGAAGCGCACUCCCGAUUUUAAUCCAUUCUCCACGAAGCUUCAACGUCUGUGCGCGCAAAUUUAUGUCAUGAUUGCUAACUUGGGCUUUAAUUUAUUAAGUUUAAUUGCCAUGACUAAACGUUCACUUUUAUUUCUAUACAUUUUCCAAGGACUACUCCCCCUCAGCUUUGGGCAGCAGCGCACGGUUGGCCCCUGGCGGCACCGGAUUCAAUGGGAGAACAACGGGCAGGUUUACAGUUUAAUGAGCACUGGGUUGGAGUACCAGGCUCCGUAUCGGUCCACCAGCCAGUCGAGGGUUUACGUGAGCAGUCGGAGGGAUGGGACCGGGAGCCAGAUGUCAGGAGCGCGCAGAAGAAUGACGGUUGUGAGAACCGGACCGACUGAGUCCAGACAGUUCAGGACUGAUAACAGUGCGCAGUCGGGACCUCUCACACCUGGACACGAUGUUAGACAGUAUGCGCCCGUGAAUCGUCACGCGUCAGGGGUCAGACAGCGACCUGAACGCCCUACAGCAGCAGUUGUAAGACAUCCAGGCGCACGUCAUUUUAAUGGUGAAUUUACCAGAACCAUGAACGCCUCUACACCGGGAAGUUCAGGAGAUUUCUCUGGCAGAAAUGGAGUGUCUGUCACUGUGGAUAAUACCGCACUACACACUAGAAUAGGUGAAUCCGGACCUGGUGCGCAAAACCAGCAGUUACGCGCGGGGCCCGAGGUGACGCCUGUCUCCAGGCAACCUGCUCACUCUGAUCGCUCCAUCUCAGCACACCCGUCAGGUCUGGAAAACGAGUCUGAGGCACCGGCUGUAUUUCCUGCACUUACUGAGGAAAACAGCAAUGGAGAGGACAUGGUUAACGACGACCCUCGAAACCCACUUAAAAACCACAGGAAUUCUGUUUUCUACAACAUGUAUCCGACCAGAGGGAGAUCAGCGGCCCGCACCCUCCGUCCGCCUGGCACAGGGUACGGAACAAGAUAUUUCCAAAACGGACUGCCAGACCUUGUGCCAGACCCAUAUGCCAUCCAAGCAGGUACCUAUGUCCAGCGCAUGCAGAUGUACGCGCUUCGCUGUGCGGCUGAGGAGAACUGUCUGGCCAGGUCGGCUUAUGGACCCGCUGUGCGAGACAUCGACUUCAGAGUUCUCCUGCGGUUUCCACAGAAAGUGAAAAACCAAGGCACCGCUGACUUCCUCCCUUUCAAGCCCAGAUAUCAGUGGGACUGGCACAGCUGUCACCAACACUACCACAGCAUGGACGCCUUCAGCAAGUACGACCUGCUGGACGUUAUCACAGGACGUAAAGUGGCCGAGGGACACAAGGCCAGUUUCUGUCUGGAGGACACGAACUGCGAUCCUGGAUUCAGGCGACGCUAUGCCUGUACAGCUCAUACGCAGGGUCUGAGCCCAGGUUGCCAUGACAUCUACGCCGCCAACAUCGACUGUCAGUGGAUUGACAUCACCGAUGUGCCUCCAGGAAACUACAUCUUGAAGGUUACAGUCAAUCCCAAUUUCCACGUCCUGGAGUCAGACCUCACCAACAACGUAGUGAGAUGUGAUAUCACUUACACAGGCGUUUAUGUUCAGACACGCAACUGUCGAAUAACGAGGGGUUGAAAUAUUCAUUUUUCUGGAAACAUGCAGAAGUUUGGCAGUAAGACCCCCUCUGUACUGCACAGGCUCAACGACAUCAGUGAAAAAAAGUUUAUGCAAUUGGUAAAAGUUUGUAUUACAGGAUUAAUGGUGAGCUACAUUCCUGCUAUGAAGUGUUGGGGUUGCAUUUAUUCAGAAUAAAUGCAAAAUUAGUUUACACAAA